AUGCGAAGGACUGCGAGUCAAAACAAUCUUGAGGAAUUCGAUCCUGAGCCUAAACAGACUUUCAAUCGGCGUAGGAGAGAUUUGAACUUAUUGCAGAACCCACAGGCUGUCGCAGAAGUACCUGUGGUCAUGGCUAAUCAUCAACCGGCGAAAGUGAGAGAGGUUGCAGUGCCUCGGGUGGCAGAUGUCACUUCAAGCAUUGUCAAGCCCACCAUCGAAGGGCACUUUGAGCUGAAGCAUGCUAUGAUUCAACUUCUUCACUCUAGUGGCCAAUUCACGGGAAUGUCACAUGAGGAUCCUCAGCGUCACAUCCAUACCUUUCUGCAGAUUGUGGAUACUUUUGCCACUAGAAGGGUCACGAAAGAAUAUGUUCGACUGACACUGUUCCCCUUCUCUAUAUUGGGGAAUGCAAGUAACUGGUUAUUAGCAGAGCCCGCCAAUUCUAUCACUACGUGGGAUGAUUUGGAAAUGAAAUUCUUGACAAGGUUCUUUCCACCAGCAAAGACUGCUCGCCUCCGAAGAGAGAUCAUGUCAUUCAUGCAGAAACAAGGAGAAAAUUUCUAUCAGGCCUGGGAGAGGUUUAAAGGUCUUCUCAGAGAUUGCCCUCAUCACCAUCAGAUGAAUGAAGUUCUGGCACACACAUUUAUUGAGAGUCUGGAUGCCCAACAUAAGUCAUCACUGGACACUGCUGCAGGAGAGCAGGAUCUCGAUCUAAGCUAUGAAGAACUAUUCACACUAUUGAACAGGUUUACUCAGAGCACUCCAGACUUGCAGGAUGACGCAGCUAGCAGUUCAGUUAGGAAAGCAUCGGGUGUCUAUGAAGUAGACAAUUUUACAACAUUAUCAGCACAGAUUGAUGCCAUGCACACCGAACUCAGGAAGUUAGCUGUGGCACAAGCGCCACCACAGGUGCAUGCAGUGCAGCAAGCCAUAGCCUUAUGUGAUAUCUGCGGAGAGGGUCAUAACAGUGAUGAGUGCCCUGCAAAUCCCGCAUCCAUUUACUUUGUGGGUAAUGCAGGCAAGGGGCAAGGAAACAACAAUCAGUAUGGAAAUUCCUACAACUCAAAUUGGAGGAACCAUCCGAAUUUGAAGUGGAGUGACAACUCAGGUCAUCAGAAGCAGAACUAUCAGUCAGCACCUACUCCCCAAGCUCCCACAAACAGUAUGGAAGAGAUGAUGAAAAAGAUGAUGGGUGACAUGCAGAAGAUGAUGAUAGAUCAGCAGAAGUUGAUAGCAGAUAAUCAGAAUCGCGAUUUGGCUAUACGGAAUUUAGAGAGACAGAUGGGACACAUAGCUGGUGCUCAAAAUACUAGACCACCUGGAGGACUUCCAAGUGACACAGAUAUGAAUCCCAAGCCUUGCAAUGAUGUAACUCUGCGAAAUGGGCGAGAGCUAGAGGAAGUAACUACAAAGAAAGCUGGUCGAGGAGAGGCUGAAAAAGAGAAGAUUGCCACAGAAACGAGUGAAAAAGGGAAGGUUGUUGAGGAAUCAGGAUCAAAACAGCCACAGGCCGUGGUUGCAAAGCCACCGCCUCCAUUCCCUCAACGUCUGGCAAGACAAAAAGAAGAGGCUACUUAUAAGAAGUUUCUUGAUUUUCUUAAGCAGGUAAACGUGAACGUCCACUUGGUCGAUAUGCUACAGGGUAUUCCAAAGUAUGCUAAGUAG